CCCGUGCCGCCUCUGCCGCGGGAGGCCAGGCGUGAAGAUGUGGCUCUUUGGGAUUACACGUGGAGAAAGGCGAUCGGGAUCGGCCCCGGGGAGCGCCGGUUGGUGAGACGCGCGGCUCCCCCACCCCCUGUGCCCCGGAGAAGCGGCUUCAAUGGCGCCAUCCCCCAAGAGGAGCCGCCGGAAAGAUGCCAACGCCUUGCCGAGCAUGUCCUCAACUUUUUGGGCUUUCAUGAUCCUGGCGAGUCUGCUGAUCGCCUACUGCAGUCAGUUGGCUGCCGGCACCUGUGAGAUUGUGACUCUGGACAGAGAUAGUAGCCAACCCCGAAGGACUAUUGCACGGCAGACUGCUCGAUGUGCUUGUAAAAGAGGGCAGAUCGCCGGGACGACGAGAGCCCGGCCAGCCUGCGUGGACGCACGAAUCAUAAAAACCAAGCAGUGGUGUGACAUGCUUCCCUGUUUAGAAGGAGAAGGCUGCGACUUGUUAAUCAAUAGAUCAGGCUGGACCUGCACCCAGCCUGGAGGACGGAUAAAGACGACCACGGUCUCCUGACAGCUGCAGCAUGAGCGAGCGUGUGAUCUCCUGGGGACGACGGCUUUAGGCUCUGCAUGAGCUCCUUAUCUUAGUCAAGUUUCUCCCUCCGUGGAUCAUGGCCCGUUGUAUGUCCCUCCCCUCCACCGUCUGUUUCUCUGUAUCUCAUCAAAGACAGCCUCAUUCUUCGACCGAUGCCAUGCGCUAAAGUCUGUCUUGGCCAUCCAAGGAGCACCGAACUAGGGACCAGAGGGAGCAAAGAGAUGCUUGGGCAUUAGCAAUACCAAGUCCGUGAUGAGCGCCCAUCCCCGGGGUCCACUCAGCUGCUGGACUCAAUGUGACCCACGCGGUUUAACGGGAGGAGUCGCCUGCAGAGAAGAGUCCAUUCAGCCUUAGAGAAGACUGUUUUGUCUAUGGGGGGACACUCAGGCGCAAGAGGGAGUCUCUCCUCGUGCCCUGGACUGUCUGAGUCGCUUUUAUUUUCUUAUACUUUCAGUAUAUACAAUAGACCAAAGAGCAAAAUCUAUUUUAAAGAGGACACAAUCCUAUUGUUAAAGUUAUCUGGGUUAAAUUGUAGAGGGGAGGUCGGGGUGGGGGGAGGGAGCAGAGACAUGAAUGAAUCCUGUUGUCGGGGAGCGAGCUGGGCGGUUGCUGUCCAGCGGGCGUCUUUACAGAGGCGUCUUUACGGAGGGGACGCUGCAGUCCGUAAUCGCAGGAACUGCACCUGAAGAAAAGAGUUGCCUCUAAAAGAAUACAGACAGAGCAUGGAGAGUCAGUAGCCGAUGAUGUUCUAGACUCAAGCAAACAGACUUCCAUAGAACACAGACUCGCCGCCACUGUGUAGCCACCCGCGCCGUGGCCGUGGCCCCUUUAUCCCUCUGUACUUAGAUUGACUUUAUCGUACUAAAAAUCAUUUUCCGUUUUAACCAGUUAAACAUGCCUCUUCUACCGUUCCAUUUUUGAUAGUUGGAUAAUCCAGUAUUUGCAAAGAGCAUGUUUGGUCUCCUGUGACCUCUGUCUCAUCCGAUGCACCAUUUAGCACCAGAAAGCAAAUUAAAGAAAAAAAAAGUAACACUUGUUUGAAAGAGAUCAUUAAAUGUAUUUUGAAAAUCCUAAAGUUAUAUAUUUAACAGUUUUUAUAUGUUGUAUAUUUGUAGAGAAUACUAUUUAACAAUUAACGUGGUAGCUCUCGCAGGCCUGAUGAACAGUCCGACUCCCAUUGGGCUUUCUAAACCCGACAGUCCCGGGAGUGACCACACCACACGGGAUAUGAAGCACGGCCAGGGAGGAUACUUUCGGAAAGUCACCAAUCCUGUUUAUGUCACAUAAAGGCAUCCAACCAUCACACUGGUAGAAGAUGGGGCUUCUUUUAGGUUGUCUUUGGAAUUUGGGGAGGGGUCUCUCUCUCUAUUGGUCAAAUUUGGGUGUAAAAUAUUUUAAUCAUGGUUUUUCCAACUGAGUUACUCCCCCUUCCUUUUGCCCAUGAGUCUAUUUUUAAGUUGGUUGCCAGUCCCUCUCCUGUGUCCCCAUCUUCCAAAGUCCUUAGCCUUAGGAUUAUUGGGUAAGGGAGAUGAUGUUACAUUGGAGGGAAAAGUGUAGAGCUGGAUGAAUUCUGAGCUCUAAUACCUUUCUCUACUUACAGUGGGCAUGUGAUAAGAUCACAAGAGCUGAUGAAUCUCCAGCUCUGGUGUCCCCCUUUCCCCAGUGAUGAAUUGUAACCUAAUUCCCACGUCCUUUCUGAGUUUCCACUGUAGUAUACUACCUAUUAGUCCAAUUAAUAUUAGGAGUAUCUUAGUUCUAUGCUACUAAGAGAAAGCAUUUAGAGGAUGAUCAAGAAACCAUAAAGCUCAAAAAGAACAUGUCCAUUUGAUUCAAGCCUGUUCCUGGGGGAAUUAAUUGAGACAGACAGUAAUCAUGAAUUUAGAAAUAUUUCUGAGACAAACCAGUGUAUAUGAUGCUUUUUUUUUUUCCUUUUUCAAAUUGUAUAACAGGUCUGACCUGUAUCUGAAUAGCAGUUAGCGCCAUCACUCACUGGGUGCUAAAUGCCGUGUAAUGCAGGUUGGCCCUCCUGCCCCAGAAAGGACUGACAAUGAGUUCCACAUGACCAAGAGUACUGGGAGAUGCAUUGACCCAUAGGUUCCCCAACCCAGACUGUCUCCUCUUUCCUCCCACCUCUGGUUGUUUCUUUCCGAAGAGAGUGUAGUCGCCUUAUUUAGCAAAGACGGAGAAAUUUAAGAUGUUACAACAUUUUCUGUUGCUUUACAGUAUUCAGUUUUUGUGUUGAUUCCGCUAAAUUAUGGAAAUAAAGAAAAAAAUCCUUUUAUAA